GCAGCUGUCAGAAGCUCGGAGCGACACAUUUAAAGCAUGAUAAUUGUUUUGGUGUGAAGGAUUUCAACACAAUAUCAAAAAUGCUUUUAAAAAACAAACUGGAUUGGACAUAAAAAGAGACAUGGCAGACGGUUUGCUGUGAAUUGAAAACAUGAGGAAACUGCUGCUACUCUGGGUCACUUUACAAGUUCACUCCCAGCCCACCCCCCUCUCCCUCCCUCUGCACCUGUCCCUCAGUGCCCCCUCCUGGCAGUACUUACCCUUGGUUCACUCGGGCUUGGGGCAGGUUUUCUCAAACUCAAGCCCGUUCUCGUCCUCUCACAGCCUGCUCCUGAUGCCCCCCUCGGCUUGGGCUCCACCUCCAGAGUUGCACGCCUCCUUUGGACCAUAUUCUGUCACUCAGCCCCUCUCUUCCCUCCCCUCCCCCUUCUCUCCCUCUCUCUCUGCCUCUCUCCUCUCUGAGCAUGUGGAGAAGGAGGAGGGCGAGCGAGGCCAAGACCAGUUCAGAGUCCGCGUCUUGUUCCACCAAAGACUGGGGUCAAGUGGUACCUGUGUCAGUCUGCACGCCUUCAGAGAGACAGAGGAGAGAAAAGCCUCAUGUAUUACGCAGCCACCUUUGGGUUUUUGUGUAGUGAUGCUGACACUGCCCAGUGAUUGGUUCAAGAAUCAAAAGGGUGACCAAUCAGAUCACACAACAUCAGAGCUGCAGAGUCGUGCCCCAUCUUAUCGUCAGGUAAAAAACAGAACAAGACACUGGCGUGGACAACGUGAGGCCACACUGCGACACCGACUGUUACAAACUCUGAGACAUGACGAAGAAAGUGAAGAAGACGAUAUUCAAAAUCCAGAGGGACUAAGAUUUCAACGUCCAACAAAAAACCAGGUCCAACUUUACUAUUCCACUGUGGAAACCUCCCAUCUCGAGUUCUCUCCUGGGGUUUCUAACUGUGAGGAAGACCAGCUCCUGCAGUCCCAGAGGCAGCUAUUUUUUCUCAAAUCAGUCAGUCUAAAGGAGGAAAAACCAAACCAAAAAUUGGACCAGACCAAAGAGGAGCGCUCCUGUUUGAACGGCCCACGGGAGGCCGAGCUAAGCCUGGAUUCCCAUGUUGUGAUUGGCUACCAGAGAGGGCCGAUGCUGAUCGGACAGCCAAUCAGAGUGUCCGUGAAUCUGCGCGCAAACUUCAGCCAAGAGUUUGUCAUCAUCAGGCUGAAGGUACCAAAGGGCCUGGUAUCUCUCAUGGCUCAACGCACUUUGACCUCUGACCUCUGGGCUGUGACUCUGGAGAAGACUCAGGGACCAGACCAUGAUGUCGUCUCCAUUCUGUGCCACAAGCACAGUACGGCCAAACACCAGGCAGAUUCCAUGUCACUCCAGCAGGUGGUGUGCUUUUCUGUGGAUGGGCUGAGGAGGAGUUUUGGUGUUGCAAUGUCUGUUACUGCACAGUGGUGGGUGGAGUACUCCGGGCACGCCCUUCCUCCGCCACAUGGGGCAGGAGAGAGCUUAUUCACUUUCACUGACCGACCAAUCAUUGGCAUCGCACCCAUCACUGAGAGUAAGAGCAUCCUGAACACAGCCAUCUUGACUAGCUUCCCUGUAUCUCUUCCCAUUAUCGUUUUGGCUGUGAGCCGAAGUGGAAAAGUGUCCGACAUCACCUCUGCAGUCUCAUGUCACUCGGAAAACAACAACAUUAUCAAGGUCUCCUCUGACUGCUCCUCUGUAUUUGUCGAUGGCAGUGAGUCUGGAGAGGGCCACACCUGUGCACAGGUGCGCUUCUCUCUGGGCACUCUCAGUGGCUCCCUCUGUCUGCAGGUGUGGGCACCCUCUGUGCCCCUGCAAGUUUCCCUUGCAGACCCUGUGCUCAACGCUAUCCAGGGCUGGGACUACUACACUGACAAAGGCUGUGUACCAGUCUACCAGCGCACGUCAGUCCAGGUUCUGACCCAGUUUCAGGCUCUGGACUCUCAAGGAAAAACCAAACACUUUCUGAGCUCUUCUGAUUGGUUGGUGGACGUCACAGAGCUCGUCCGUGAUUGGCUAAGAAUUGAAGACCCUCGAGUUGCAUCUCUAGGCAAAGGAAACAGUGUAAUUGGACGUCAUCCUGGAAAAACUACAAUAUAUGUGGUGUCGGCACAGUGGGAUGGGAUUCUGGGCGCCUGUGACCUUAUGGUGACCUCUGACCUCGUUGCCCCCGGGGACCUCUCAGUGCAGGUCGUGAGUGGACUUGGGAUGACGCUUAGCUCCAGCCAAUCACAUCCAGCCCUCGUCACAGCAACAGUCAGGCCUUACAACAUCUUCUACAACUAUCACCAGGAGGCUUCAAUCAGCGUCUGGCUCCAGUUCGAUGAUGACUCCUCCGCCCUCCUUUCCUCCUUCAGUGAUGUUCCCUCUUUCCUCCGCCUCUCCUCUCUCGCCGAUUCUGUCAUCGUAGUUUCCCCCGGGUCCAGACAACGCAUUUUCGCCACUGGAGAUGGGGGUGGGCCACUUUUACACACCGAGUUAAUGGUUGCAACGUGCCAAAAUCGACCGCUAACGUCAAAUCUGCUCACCGAAGACGACCAGGAAAAUUCAGGAGGUUUGCGGAGACUUGCAAGAGGUUCUGGAUGGAUUAGAGUCAAUCUAGAUAUGGAUUAUCCCCCAACAUUUAACCCGGAUGAAUUUGAGUUUGAAUUUGGUGAUACUUUAGAUGGCAACCUGUACACGGCAAAUCUUGAGGAAGAAAAGAAAGAAUUUGUAAAAAAAACAAAUCCAAAAUCAAGUAGCAAUGAUAUAGUUCAAAGCAAUAAUUUAGAAAAAGCUAUUCUAAUGCCCAACCAGGAAGAGGGAAUGAUCUUUUUUGCACCAAGUCAUGAGAAAGAAAAUUGGGAAGACGAAAUGGAAGGAGACUUUGAUUUGGAAGUCGGGUUAGGAGCAAUACUCUCUCUAAUUUGCCUGCUAACAAUAUUAUUUUUGGCAAAUUGUUUACCCUGUGCGUUGAGAGAUAAACGGAAGAAAAAUGACAUCAUUGCAGAGGAAUGCACAGAACUCCAUGGAGAACCCAUAAAAGAUGACAAUGCACCAAGAAAAUUGGAAAAUCUGGAGGAAAGUGGGAAAAGUAAUGUUGGAAAAGACACUAAAGUUGAACAAGGGACAAUAGUGGAAUAUGCAAAAGAAGUGGAGAUCAUAUGUUAA